AUGAUUGGUUAUGGGGCCCUGGGUACAAGAUGGCAUGAUUGUCGAGGACGAUCGGGAUUUCGAGUCUUGCGCCUUGUAGGCAUUUCACGAAGUAACGUAAAGAUUCUCGAGAGUAAAAUGUCGCCGACAGAUUUAAUUUACCUAUCGAUGUUAGUAGGAGCGAUUCCGCUCGGUCAUUUGGUGAAGAUAAGCGGUUCGCCGGCACGAAAAGAGUUCCUCUGUAUGGCCGCCGGAAUAUGUCUCUCAUUGGCCCUUGUGGGUCGAGGAAUUUUACAUUCUUUUGUGGCCGUUGCAGGAACUUAUUUGAUAGUCAUUUUGCUUGGCAAAAGGUAAGUCUUCUGCUCAGAAAAUAGUCUAAAUGUCGUUAUCUAUAAGCGUGUCUGGAAAAGAAUUUACGUAAACGCCAUCAGUAACUGGUAUUGCUGUUCGCUCAGGACUUGAGGUUAAACGCUGCUAAAUUUGGAUGUAAUCAAAAUUUCCUGCUCUCAUAAUGUGGUGUGCUAUGGUUGUCAUUAGGCAAAAGUAAAGUUGGAUGAAGAUUAAAUUGUCUCAUACUCAAACUGAAAGUGAAAUCUGAACACGUAAGCUGCAGUACAAUCUCAAAUACAUGUAUUGAUACUAUGACAUGAUCAUAACCUUUACUAAAUAGGUCAACCGUGCACAAGGGGAACUGAAAUCUGGGCCUCUUCGGAGAGCGCUACAAUACUUGUGUGAAAGAAAUGUAGUUAAAUAUGAUUAAAUUGGUGAUAAAGAAAGCGUCAGAUUUGCCUUUUUAACAAAAUUAAUAGAAAAAAUGCUAAGAUCCUAGAUUUUUUGAGCAAGGCUGAAUGAAAGUUUUAACUCAAGACCAUGCUGGCCAGCUGUCUCUCGCAGGGUGCUCUAAUCCCAUUGCAGGUGUUUAUGGGUCUUUUUAUACCCAUUCUUCAGAGUUCAGGCCAUUACAUGCGCAUGUCAUUGCCUGCCGUGGCUAGUGCUUUCAAAUGGUUUUUCUGUGGGUGAGGACAAAACAUGGACCAGGGGUCCAUGGACCCCCUCUUUGGACCAGGUCCAUGGACCACUUUCAUGGACCAGGUCCAUGGACCCCCUGUCAUGGACCAGGUCCAUGGACAGUUUUUUUUAUUUUUAUAAGAAGGUUUUGCACCAGGUCCAUGGACACUCAAAAACAGAAAUAGUGCCAAAAAAAGAUUUCACGAGACACUGUCGACCAAUGCUCACGAUUGAUCACAAAUAUUUAGUUGUGCUUACAUGACGUACACUCUGCUUGCACAAGUGCAGUCGCAAGACUGUUAAAUUAAGCUAAUUCAAAAGUUAUCACCAAGAGAGGAAUUACGCCCUCCAGUACAAAGACUUGCAUCAACCUUAGCAAAACAAGCUGGAGUUAAGAAUCCAUUGCUUUUAGAGCAAUCAUGACUGAGUCACAUCGCAAUUCUCCAUAGCUGAUGUAGCUUCAGUUUAAGCUACAAUCCAUGCCACUUCUUUUUCUUCGAGAUCUGGAUCUGUUAAUCACUCAGUCCGUGAGAAUUUAUAAUCAUCCUGCUAAAAGCACUAAGGAGCUGGGCCCAGCGUGACAAAACAUUGCAGGAAAAAGUGACAUUCAUGGACAAAAACAAAGUGGCUUAGAAUUUUUCAGAUCCAGGAUGCACUUAGGAGAAAUUAAACAAACUAAAACCCUUUUAAUCAGCCGCAAUGAACAGCUUUACAUUUUAAAAGAGGUAGAAAAUCAAUAUGUGUCACGACCUCUCAGUAUAAAAUAAGCGGCAAAAAUUCGCAUUUGCUCAGUCAAAAGGUUUUCCUCCGAAGCAUAAUCUACCCAUCAGAGAAAACAAUUCAUUGGAACAAGCAGCAUUUUGGCAUGAGGUACCGACGCCCCCCUUUUUUUUACACUAUGUAAGCACAAUUAAACAUUACUGAUCAAUCGAGCAUUGUUUGUUGUUGUUGUUGUUUUUUUAACCUUAUUUUUGCACUAUUUCUGUUUUUGUUCAUUUCUCAUUAUUAAAAAAAGUGUCCAUGGACCCGGUCCAUGAAAGUGGUCCAUGGACCCGGUCCAGAGUGGGGGUCCAUGGACCCCUGGUCCAUGUUUUGUCCUCACCCUUUUUCUGCUCCCUCCCCUCCCCUCCCGCCUAUGGUAAGUAUGUGGCAGUGAGGUUUGACUGGUUAGCAGUGUGAUGGUGUGUGGGUGAACACCACUCUCACGUUUGUCAAGUUUAUGCAUUGCAUAUGGCUGCAGUUCAUGGCUGCACCGGCCUCAAAGGCACCUCCCCCAACACUCAUCUCAGUUGAUGAGUUGAAGAGGCUGUAGAGUACUUGCCCUCUUACCACAAUGCAAACAGUAGGUUCUGUCAAUAUUUUGUCCACAGAACAAAGUUAUUGCCCUGAGGCUUGCUAAGGCCAUUGUUCUGUAAUAUGCAGCACUUCACCUGCACUUAGGCUGAAUUGAGCUUGUAUCAUCUGAAGUACUGUGCAGUAUUCAAACCACGCCUAUUUCAAAAUGUAAAUGCUU